UCCUCUUUGGAUAGGUUUCUUAUGGUGUGGAAGCUGAAGACACAAUGCAGAGCUUACAAAUUUGUCGGCCAUGCGGAAGCGGUGACCAGCGUACAGUUCUCACCAGAUGGGCAGCUCCUUGCUACAGCUUCUCAGGAUCGUACUGUCAGACUCUGGAUUCCUUGCAUUCAUGGAGAAUCAUCAGUACUGAAGGGCCAUACAGCAUCUGUUCGUAGCGUGAGCUUCUCACAUGAUGGCCACUUACUAGUUUCAGCAUCCAAUGAUAAAUCAAUAAAAAUAUGGAGUGUUCGCCGUCAGCACCUUUUGUUUUCCCUGUUCCAACACACUCAUUGGGUUCGCUGUGCCAAAUUUUCACCUGAUGGAAGACUAAUAGCAUCUUGCAGUGAGGAUAAAUCUGUUAAGAUCUGGGAUACAAGAAAUAAAAUUUGUGUUGAUAGCCUCUUAGAUUAUGGAGGAUUUGCAAAUUUUGUGGAUUUCAACCCAAGUGGUACAUGUAUAGCAUCUGCAGGUUCCAAUCAUACAGUGAAACUGUGGGAUAUUCGAAUGAACAAGCUACUGCAGCAUUACAAAGUUCACAGAGCAGGGGUUAAUUGUGUAUCGUUCCAUCCUUCUGGUAACUAUCUCAUCACUGCUUCUACUGACGGUACCCUUAAGAUUUUGGAUCUCUUAGAAGGAAGACUUAUUUACACUCUUCAUGGACACAAGGGACCUGUAUUUUCCGUGGCUUUUUCAAAAGGUGGUGAAAAAUUUGCUUCAGGUGGAGCAGAUGCUCAGGUAUUACUAUGGAAAACCAACUUCGAUUCAUGUGAUUAUAAAGAAGUUCUUAAACACCAUAUUAGAAGAACACAUGUUGACGAUCCUCCUCAUCUUCUUGAUAUUUACCCAAGGUCACCUCACCUCCAUGAUGAAAAACUUCAGUCAGUUGAGGUCAACCCUAGCUUUGAUGUGACUAAUACACAAACACUUGACCCACCUGUCAUAGAGAUUAGUUCCUCUUCAUCUUUCAGUACUCCGGAUGAUGUCAGCAGUGAAGAUCUGCAGUAUCCCCCUGCUUCGGUCUUGGCAACAAGUUCAAAAAGGGAGUCGGAGAAUGAGAGCGAAUCAGCUGUGCAUAAUGUGGACAAGCAAACAGGCAUCUCCCCCUCCCUGGGUAAUGCUUUGGAGCACAUUGUGGAGCAACUGGAUGUUUUAACUCUAACUAUUUCAAUCCUGGAACAACGUCUGACUUUGACUGAAGAUAAAUUGAAAGAAUGCUUAGAAAAUCAGCAAAAGAUGUUACUUGAGGGAAGACAGGAAGAAUAA